UUUCAUGCCCACACGCGGUGCACAUUAGCCCCAACCAAUCAAAAUCAUCUCUUCCUUCUCCGGCGACUCUUCUUCCGUGAGCCGCCAUGGCCACGUGGAACGCCUCCUCCCCCACGGCGUCUCCUUCCCGUUUCGUCUCCUCGAGGCGAAGAACGAAGGCUCCACGGAGACGACCCUCCUUCGAAUCUCCACCGAGGAAGAUGAAAUCAAUCGCCGAUAUAAUGGCGAAAUCUGUCCCUGUGCUUGAACAGGAACAAGACGACAGCUACGGUGACGUCACCUGCGAGAAAUGCGGCUCCGGAGAAAGAGACGAUGAGCUUCUUCUCUGCGACAAAUGCGACAGAGGGUUUCACAUGAAAUGCCUUAGGCCGAUCGUGGUUCGUGUCCCCAUUGGACCAUGGCUCUGUGUCGAUUGUUCCGAUCAACGACCUGUGACAAGUUUAUCUCAGAAGAAGAUUUUGCAUUUCUUUCGGAUUGAGAAGCAAAUUGAUCAAACGGACAAAUCGGAGAGUCAAGAAGAGACUAGAAAGUAUCGGAGACGAUCUUGCUCUUUGACAGUGAAGAAGAGAAAGAGAAAACUAUUACCUUUGGUUCCAUCAGAAGAUCCUGAUCAAAGGCUUAAACAAAUGGGCACACUUGCAUCUGCCUUAACAGCAUUGGGUAUCAAAUAUAGCGAUGACUUAACUUAUAUUACCGGAAUGGCUCCUCGCUCUGCAAAUCAAUCCAAGUUCGAGAAAGGUGGCAUGCAGGUGCUUUCGAAAGAAGAUUUAGAGACAUUGGAGCAGUGUCGAGCUAUGUGUAGACGAGGAGAAUGCCCUCCUCUUGUUGUGGUAUUUGAUCCGCUUGAAGGUUACACAGUUGAAGCAGAUGGUCCAAUUAAGGACUUAACAUUCAUAGCUGAAUAUACAGGGGAUGUUGAUUACUUGAAGAACCGAGAACAUGACGAUUGUGACAGCAUCAUGACUCUCCUUCUAUCAGAAGAUCCAUCGAAAAGUCUUGUUAUCUGCCCCGACAAGUAUGGAAACAUAUCUCGCUUCAUCAGUGGCAUUAACAAUCACAAUCGGUCUGGCAAGAAGAAGCAGAACUGUAAAUGCGUGAGGUAUAGCGUCAAUGGCGAAUGUCGGGUUCUUCUAGUGGCUACGCGCGAUAUAUCGAAAGGGGAAAGGCUCUAUUAUGACUACAAUGGCUAUGAGCAUGAGUAUCCUACUCAUCAUUUCCUCUGAUCUUUGGCUUCAAACAGAUUUACAGUGUCUCUGGAUCAAUUGGUUAAUUUUGUUGCCAUUUACAGGCUAAUUAGAAAUGUAGAGCUAAAAUAUAUGGCCUUUGAAGAGGUUAUGCAAUUCUUAGUUAUGAAGUUAGUGAUAGACUAAUUCUUAUUUUGGCAAAACUCUUGUUUUGAUU